GCAAGGUGGGUAUGGGUCGCACAGGGCUGAUCCUGUCCCAUGUGGACAUGGCCCCCUGCUGUAGCGGGUCUUGAGAACUGUGAUGGGUGGAAGCAUUUUUCCCCCUAUGCUUAAAGGGGAUUUCCACACUGCAACCAGAGCUCGUACACCUCAUGACACCCAGGGACUCCCCCUGAAGAACAGCACUAGUGGGUCUCAUUGCCCUAUCCCCACCAGCAGCUCUCUCCAUGUACCACUGGACACCGCUCCCCACUCUGCCAACUAGGAGAGCAGGACAUGUGUCCCACGUCCUGAAGGGUCAUAGUGAGUGGCCCCAUUGCUGUCCCUUUAGAAUCAUAGGAAUGAUCUAGUCCAACCGCAAACUCAUCCCCAUCAUGCCCACGAACCAUGCCCCUCAGUGCCUCAUCUCCAUGUUUCUUGGACACCUCCAGAGAUGGUGACUCUUCCACCUCCCUGGGCAGUCUCAGCACUCUCCCUGCGAAUAAAUUUUUCCUGAUAUCCAGUCUGACCCUUCUCCUAGCCCUCAUCCCAGCACUCCCAUGGUAGCAGGCAGGCAUGUGGGGCAGGUGGCACUUGUCCUUGGGAAACGCCACUCAGAUCCCCCAGCCAUCGCCAUGUCCUCCCUGGUUAUGGGCCACCUCAUGAUCAGCAAGAUGUGCUCCAUCUUCCUGGAGAUUGGGUAGGAGCUACUGAAGCUUUGCCUUUGCACAUUGUGGUGGGAGGAGAUCCAUAUUCCCUGAUGCAUGAAGGGAAAAUGCGCACCGUGAGCACCUUCAAUCUCCAGUGGAGCAUUCCCAGCACUCCUGUGCCCAGCUCUGCUUCGGCCCACCCUGGCCUUUGUGUGCAGCCCUGCUCUGCCUGUACUCUCACAUUGGGCUGCCUGAUACUGCGGUGCACCCAGGGGACUGUGACGGCUCUUGGGGUGUGGGUGGGGAUGUGCUGGUAGUGCUGGGCCAAUGGCAGGGUGCUGGCCCCCACGGCCGUGCCUCGCUGGUCCCAUCUGCUGUGGUUCAGAGCCAACUUCUGCUUCUGCAAGAGCUGGCCUCACUUCUCUUUUGCACCCCAAGCCAGGGUGCAAAGACCACCCCUGAGAGCUGGGUGGAAGGCAGUGGGGCUCAGGGCUUGUCUGCAUGGCCCACGGAGUGCUCUACACUGACCUGAGGUUUGCCAAAGGGCCAGGGGGCCGUGGCACGGCCAGCCAGGCGCUGGAGGCAGCCCUCGGUAUGGAUGAGGCUGAGAGUCCCCAUGAGAACAGCACACCGGAGAUGAUGCCUGUGGGGCCAGCAGGGGAAGGGGCCCAGCACAGCCCAGGGUGCUGGUCCUGCCGGCGCUGUGUCCUCGCAGGGCUGCUGGCUGUCAGUCUGCUGCUACUGGUGGCCGCUGUGGUGCUGGGGACAUGCUACUGGCAGGUGACUCGCCAGCUGCAGGACACAACCCUGGAGCAGGCAGCCGAGCACGGCCGCCUCUCUCAAGAGGUGCGGGUGCGGGACCAGAGCCUGGAGCAGAUGCGGCAGGAGCUGGCACGAGUGCAAGAAGAGCUGAAACAAGCAUGGCAGGAAGGCAACAACAGCCGGCAGGAGCUGGGCAGGUGGGAAGCUGAGCUGGCACAUGUCUCAGUGGCCCUGGAUGCAACCCAGAAGGAGCUGCACAGCGUGCAGGGAAGGCUGAAUGCCAGCGAGAGCACCGUGACCCUGCUGCGCUCUUGCACGGCUAUAGACUGCUGCCCCUCAGGGUGGCUGCUUUACCGGGGCAAGUGCCUCUUCAUCUCAACGGAUAAGAAGACGUGGGACGACAGCAGAGCGGAGUGCGAGGAGAAAUACUCUCAGCUCCUGAUCACCAAAUCCUGGAGUCGCUGGACUGUGCCGAGCUUCCUGAAGAAUGCAGACAUCGCAUACUGGAUCGGGCUGCAGAAGAGUAGGUACCCCUGGUACGAAUACGAGUGGCUGGAGGAAGGAGACCCAGAUGGUGAUGGGCUGACGGACGCCUGGUUCUGGGUGGAUGGCUCGCUUUAUGAGAGACCCUGGCAGCCGAAGUCCAACGGGUCAUGCGCCGUCAUCAGCCGUGGGAACAUCAAACCGGCGCCGUGUGAGGGGCCGGCUGACCUGCACCUCUGGAUCUGCGAGAAGGCAGCAGGGCCCAGCUCUCCGUUCAUGUGAUGGCAGCAGUGACACGCGCCUGCAUCCUCUCUGCUUCAGCUUUCAUGCAGCACAGGAGCCCAAGGAUGGAGCCACAGCCACUGUUGGCAUUUGGGUGUUAUUGCUAAUUAGAGAGUAGAGCGGUGACCUUCAGGAUGGCACCACGUGGCCGCACGCUUCAAAAGCAAAAGCAGCAUCCAGCGCCAGACACUUUGCAACACAAGUCAUCAGGAAUUUAAAUAGCUGACACGCACGUGCAGAAUAGCCCCGAUUUAUGUUCAGCCUGGUGAGAGCAGAGGAAGUGGUGUUCUAUUAUGGGGUUGUGCGUGCCAUAUUUAGUUGAUUAAUUGGUAUGUAAAUCUCUUUGCUUGAAGAGCACAAGGCUGUUAAAGGCAUUUUAGAGGUGCACGUGUCACUCCGUGUUGUCCGUUGGCUGACCCCAUAUUGUAGCAAAUAAAGAGACACAGCUUGUCUGCUGCUUGCUUUCUUCUUUA